GCCCAAGUGUAGUUUCCCUCUGACGUCUCAUAUGUUGGCAGGUGUUCAGAAAUGUGCUGUAUGUGCUUGUGAACUUCAGCGCCCAGAUCAGUCUGCAGUGCACGACCUGGAAACAUGAAGGAGAGGACUGGAGCUUCUGUUGAGCUGAAAGCAUUGGUGGUGGGGAUAUGUGUGCUGCUGCUCGUGGCCUCAGCAGGACUCAUAUUCCUACUGCUGAAGCACAAAGAGCUGGCACAGGAGCUGGGCAGGUUGGACGCCCAGAUGCAGGAGCUGUCCCAGAGCUGCAGUCUGCAGAAAGGACUCCUGACCUUGGACCCCGAAGAGGCCGAAAGGAUAAAAAAACUCCACCGCAGCAGAAGGAGUGGGACCACAGAAGAAGCACCACAAAGCCCUGACAAAGAUGAGGAUAUGCUGAUGCUGGUGACAUACACCUCAGUCCCCAUCAAGACAUUUGUAGAGCUGUGUAAUAACUCCAGAGGAAUCUGUUUACCAGGCCCACCAGGACCUCCAGGUCGGCCUGGUGAAGCUGGUUUUCCAGGACCACCUGGGCCUGAGGGGAGACGAGGACGAAAAGGACGCCCUGGUGAAAAGGGAGAACCUGGACCUAAAGGAGACCCCGGGCCCCUCCGAGUCCUGAAAGGUGAAACCUACGACGACAUUUUCAUUGAGGGUCCUCCUGGUCCUCGUGGUCCUCCUGGCCCAGCUGGCCCUCCUGGUCCUGGUUGUUACCCCUCAGGAACAAGAACCGAGAUGAGAAAACACAUCUGUCAAACUGACACACUGAUGGUUUCAUCUCCUCCUCCUUUGGGUGAAGAGAUCUUCAAUGGAACUAAAGCAAAAAACACUAACAGCUCCCAGAGUAACACGACUGAUCAACGGUCAGUCCAUUCAUUCGUCGACCCCAGAGGUGUCUUGAAUGUUACUCAGUCUGAGAAACCUCCAGUUCUUAGUGUAGAAACUGCGACAGUGUCAUCUCAUACAGACAACAGUGAUGACAAAUGGAAUGAGCUCAUGAUUGAAAAAGUUACAGAGACAUCUACUGAAGUAUCAACAGAGUUAAUCUCACCUCGUUCAGACCACAACUCUGACACUCUCAGUCACAUGAACAACAUUACAGAAUCUUCAUUUAACUUCCUGUCAGAGCCACCAACACAAAGUCCAGGACAUGAUGUCAGAGAUUUCUUAAACGCUACCAGCUCAGAGAAUCCUACAGAAAAAUACAGAGAAUUUGAAUCACCAACAAAGCAUCAAACUGAAGACACCAGAGGUGUUGAGAAUGUGACCCAGUCCGGGCGACGUCUGGGCAUCUUUAUGAAAACUGAGUCAGUAACGUUUCAACCAGAAAACACAUUAAAUGAUGCCACAACUGAGAAAACCACAGAGACACCAAUCAUAUUACUCCCAGACUCUUCGUAUUCUGUCCGAAGCAGCAAAAAACAACAUUCAACUAAAUUGUGGACAACAACUGAAUCAUCACAACAUCCAACAGAAGACACCAUGGAGGUUUUAAAAGGCACUGACUCAGAGAAACUUAUAGACACAAAUACAAGUCCUGAGUUUCUGUUAUUAAAACCAGAUGAUGGUAGAAACAGACUGAGUGAUACAGACGAAGUUACAGAGACCCCGAGUGAAAUUUUAACACCCUCACUUUCCCUUGAACUGACUCAAAAUAGUGAUAUCUACAAUAUCAUUGAAAACUUUAUUCAUACAUUUAUGAAAAGUGUGUCAUUAAAACAAGACCCCGACCAAGACAGACUGGAUGUUACAGAGGCUCCAGAUCAGUUUUUAACAUCCCCACUUUACCCUGAAUGGAAUGAAAAGAGUGAAGCCUUUAACAUCAGUGGAAAGUUUAUCCAAACUUUCCUGAAAAGUGUCUCUGAUUUCUUCACACACAAUGACGGAGACAAACUGAAUGAUACAGAGGACGUUACAGAGUCUCCAAAUGCAAUUUUAACAUCUUCCUUUUCACCUGAAGAGACUGAAGAGAGUGAUGCCUUCAAUAUCACGGAAAACUUCAUCAAUGCAUUUAUGAAAAGUGACUCUUCAUUUCCACACCAGAAAAACAAGCAGAAUGUGACAAAUGAUGAAAGAGGAACAAGAACUGAGUGCAGUAUUAAAAACAUAAAAUGCUCAGACAAAGUCACUGAAAUGCCAGCCACUUUUGGUGCCUGGAUGUCAGAUGCCUCCCAGCUGGAUGACGGUCGAUUCUGGAUGGCUGAGCAUUUUUCAGGUCGAGUAUUGAUGGAGUACAAGAACAUUUCAGAAUUUCAGACGUCAACUUAUAAAAUCAUAGAUCUCCAGGGGUUUUUCCAGGGAUGUGGUCAUGUUGUUUAUGAAGGAAACUUCUAUUUUCACAACGCAGGAACAAACAAACUCAUAAAAUUGAACCUGAACAAGAGGAGGGCAAGAACCCUGAUCAUGGAAAACAGCAGAUAUCAUAACCUUGCUUAUCUUUUCCACAACUCCAAGACCUACUUUAAGUUUGCAGUGGAUGAAAAUGGACUGUGGGUCAUCUUCGCUUUAGACACAGAUGAUAAAAUGAUGGUUGCAAAGCUGAACCAUCAGACCUUCUCUGUGGUGUCUCUCAUCGACGUUGCUUAUCCUACAGCGAAAGCAGGCAAUGCUUUUAUUGUAUGUGGGGUGCUUUUUGUCACAGAUGCCAGAGACAGAAGGGUAACAUACACCUUUGACUUACAGAAGGAAAGUGUUCUUGAUGUAACUUUUGACUUACGGGCAGCUAACGGUACCUUGGCCAUGUUGUCUUAUUACCCCAACAAGAAGCGUUUGUAUAUGUGGGACAACCGCAACGUGAAAACAUGCAAAGUCAAACUCAAACAUGGCUGAAAAUAAUAACAAACCUUGUAAAGUUGGUUUUGUGUAAAGUUUUUACAGUUAGCUCAUUUUUAUACAGGUUGACAUGUUUUAUUUAUGCAGCUUUUAUGUAAUGGGUGAUUAUUAGAGAUAUUUGUUUUGGACAAAAAUAAAAGUAUUAUAUGUUUCCUCAUGUAAUGGAAGUUCAAGGCUGUUUGGAUUCAUGUAAUAAAACAUUGUUAUUAAUAAAUGUUUCACCAAAGACAA